AUGUGGCCUCCUCUUAAAACCUUACCCGAGGUCAAAUCUUUCAUCGGCGUUAUUUUCGCCGUAACAGGCAAUAUUUUGAUUUCUGUUGCGUUAAACCUUCAAAAAAACGCCCAUAACGAGCUGCAAAGGCUCCAACUAGCAUUCAUAAAUAAUUCUAAUACAAAUUCACAAGCUGCUUCUUUUGGUUCAGAUUUAUCUUCACGUAGUUUACAUACUCAAAAUGACGAUGGUUAUGAAGUAUUAUUAGAUCCAGAACAGUAUAGUGAAACAAACUACCUUCGUUCAAAAGCAUGGUGGACCGGAAUAAUUUUAAUGAUCAUUGGUGAAUUGGGAAAUUUUAUGGCUUAUGCAUUCGCGCCUGCUUCGGUAGUAGCCCCUUUAGGAACAGUUGCUUUGAUCUCUAAUGUUAUUCUGGCUCCGAUCAUGUUGAAAGAGAGAUUUCGUAAGCAGGAUUUAUUAGGAGUUCUUAUUGCGAUAAUCGGAGCGGUUGUGGUGGUGGUUAAUUCAAAAUCUGAUGAAGCAAAACUUGAUCCAGAAGCCAUAUGGAAUGCUAUUAAACAGACACCAUUUAUAAUCUAUUUCAUCAUCACUGCAUCAUUGGCGACCUUUCUAAUGUAUUUGUCGGAUCGGAUUGGUCACAAGACGUGCUUUGUUGACUUAUCUUUAGUCGCAAUUUUCGGUGGAUAUACUGUAUUGGCGACAAAAUCCAUUUCAUCUAUGUUGACAAUGACAUUCGUUGCAAUGUUUACAUAUCCCAUAACUUACCUCUUAGUGAUAAUUUUAAUGAGUACAGCAGUGCUUCAAAUUAAAUAUCUUAACAAAGCUUUAAAACAGUUUGAUUCAACGGAUUUUGCAGAUAUGAAUUUUUGGAAAUUCACUGGUUUUUUUAUUGGAUGUAUGUCAACGUUUGUAGGUGUUUAUUUUAUUACAUCUAAUCGAAACAACUCUGAAGGUUAUUCUCAAAGUCCUAAUAAUUUAUCGAGUGGAACUGUCAGAAGUAGCAGCAUUAUGAUAGAUCCGUUACGUGCUGUACUUCCUGUCUUACCUGACGAAUUUAGCGCAUCUAAUGGUUCAGGCGAAUUUAAUAGACAAUAUUUACCAUUUAAUCAUCAAAGGUCAGUUGCUACGAGCAUUCCUCGUAGACAUACACUGGCCGAACCGGUUGUUCUUCCCUCGACACCACUUUUAAAUGGUUCCGCUUCGAGGCAUGAUGGAUUAUUGAGACAAUUGGUUCAUGGAGUUUCAACAAAUUCCUUGACUGCCGGAGUAAGUCAAGCAUUAAAUUCUGUGGGUGCUCGUCAUUCGCAUGCGUUAGGACUAGACCAAGUGUUUGAAAAUUACUGGUUAAAAAUGAUUUCGGAACAAAAUCGAUCAAGUUUACCUGAUUACACACAAAGAGAUUAUGGUGUUCAUCGUCGAAGUUAUUCCGUUCCUCAUGGUAUAAUCUCUCGUGGAGUUGAUUUUUCAAAUUAUCAAAAUAGAAUAAAUAGUCCACUAGCUACUAAUAUUGAAGAUGACGAGGAAAGUUUUAGUACACAAUCCAAAUCUUUUACUAAUUCAUCUUAUUUAAGUACCUCAUAUAACAAUUAUGAAUAUUACGAUCCUGAAUAUACUGAUUCUGCACAAACUGACGACGACGCAAGAACGAUUAGUGGAUUAACCAUGUCAACAAAUGGAAGCAAUAUAGGGAUUAAUAUGGGUGAUGAUG